GGCCAAAAGUAGGCAAGGUGCACCCCUACUAAAUAUGCUUUUUUUAAAAUAUAACUAACCGAGAUAAAAAUUAACUAACCAUGGUGACAAAACAAAUUUUUUUUGCGGAUUCGAAAAUUAAUUUCCAGCAAUUAAAAUGGCUGAGUACUUAAAUUUGGGACAAUGGCGGGAUAAACUUACUGAGUUCUUUCAUUAUAUUAUAGAGUUUGCUGCUAAAAAUCCUAAAGAAUUUUUAGUUACUUUUCUUUUAAUCCUUUCUCCUCUUAUGCUUAUUUGUGGUUACUUAGCAUAUUUAAUGAUUAAACAAAUUGAUGGAAAAGAAAAAUCCAAGAAGAAAAAAGCAUUAAAGUCUUCUAAUACAAUGAAAACAAGAAGAAAAGCUGCUAAAAUUGAAUAAAAACUGAGCUCGAGGUCGAUUGUUGUUGAAAGUCAGAAAAAAGAGUUUUAGUUUUUAUGUUUGAAUUGUAAAUCAUUUUUAUGAUUUCUUUAAAGUUUCUAA